AGGAAAUCAAGAGCGAGAGUUUGAAUGGAUUUCAUAUAAAUAUUUACCCCUCCGAAGCUACUGCUGAGCUCGUGCCAUAAACUCGCAGCAGCUGGCCUGAGACUCUCUUUCUCUCUCCCACCCCUAUAAAGGGGUUUAAUUACUUUCAAGAGGGGAGGGAAGAAAUCCGGAUCCCGGUUCCAGCUACAGACUGACCCAAAAAGCAGUGCCAGGAUUGAACUAACUAUCCCUGAUGGAUCUGAAGGACAGCACCAGCGAGGGCAGCAUGGGCAGCCUGCAGCCUUCCAGCAUCCAGAUUUUUGCCAACACCUCCACGCUCCACGGGAUCCGUCACGUCUUUGUCUACGGGCCAGUGACCAUCCGUCGCCUGCUCUGGACCUUGGCUUUUGUGGGUUCACUGGGUCUCCUCCUGGUUGAGAGUUCAGACCGAGUGGCUUUCUAUUUCUCUUACCAGCACGUGACCAAAGUAGACGAGGUCGUAGCAAACAGCUUGGUCUUCCCUGCUGUCACCAUUUGUAACCUCAAUGAAUUUCGCUUUUCCCGGCUCACCACCAACGACCUGUACCACGCCGGGGAGCUCCUGGCUCUCCUUGAUGUCAACCUGCAGAUCCCCAACCCUCACUUGGCUGACCCGGCUGUCUUAGCCAUUCUCCAAGAAAAGGCCAACUUUAGGCAGUAUAAACCAAAAGUUUUCAACAUGCAGGAGUUCCUGGCGCGGGUUGGCCAUGACCUGAAGGAUAUGAUGCUGUACUGCAAAUUCAAAGGGCAGGAGUGCAACCACGAGGACUUCAAAACUGUGUUUACAAAAUAUGGGAAAUGCUACAUGUUUAACUCAGGAGAAGAAGGACGGCCUCUUCUUACCACAGUUAAGGGUGGGACAGGCAAUGGACUGGAAAUCAUGCUAGACAUACAGCAGGAUGAAUAUUUGCCAAUAUGGGGAGAAACAGAGGAGACAACGUUCGAGGCUGGAGUCAAAGUCCAGAUCCAUAGCCAGUCCGAGCCACCCUUCGUCCAGGAGCUGGGGUUCGGAGUGGCCCCUGGAUUCCAGACUUUUGUGGCCACUCAAGAGCAAAGGCUGACGUACCUGCCUCCGCCGUGGGGUGAAUGUCGCUCGUCGGAUAUGGGCUUAGACUUCUUUCCCGUUUACAGCAUCACGGCUUGCAGGAUCGACUGCGAGACCCGCUAUAUUGUGGAAAACUGCAACUGUAAAAUGGUCCACAUGCCAGGGGAUGCUCCAUUCUGUACCCCGGAGCAGUACAAGGAAUGCGCAGAGCCUGCGCUCGGUUUGCUCGCUGAAAAGGACAGCAAUUACUGCAUCUGCAGGACACCCUGUAACCUGACCAGGUACAACAAAGAGCUCUCCAUGGUCAAGAUCCCCAGCAAGACCUCGGCCAAGUACCUGGAGAAGAAGUUCAACAAGUCAGAAAAAUAUAUUUCAGAGAAUAUUCUUGUGCUGGACAUAUUUUUUGAAGCGCUCAACUAUGAGACGAUUGAGCAGAAGAAAGCCUACGAAGUGGCAGCCUUACUUGCAUCAAGCUGUGCCAGGAACGUCCCAGGGACCACAGCUAGUCCACAUGUCACCUAUGAAAGGUCAACAUGAGCUGUUCCAUCUCUCUCUGCUACCAGGAGCCAGUUAUUUGGAAAUCCUGGAGCGAUGGAUGCUCUCUGUGGUGCCCCUCAUGCUGGAAGGACAUUGUGUGGAGGAGAACCAUCUACCCAUCACAUCUUGCAUGCUCCAAAUCACCCUCCUCUCCAGCCAGGGCAGCCAGGGCCUUGAGAUCUUUAACUUUGAGUGGUGCCCCACGGCUUGAAGGAGCAGGUGGAGUUGUUGGCUUGCUCUGCCUCAAACUAGGUCAAGUUUUGUGGGUGCUGGCUACAGACUUGGGUGCUUGAGACCUAUUGGGUUUGGGAGUGGAGGUAUUUGAUGAGGAGAAGCAAGCAUUCUCUGUGCCCAUGCUCAACCUUGCAGCCUCCCCGUGUGCCACCCUGAAUUCCCAGAUCCUUCCUGGGAUGCAGGGAGCAAUCAGCACCUUCAUUGGAAAGCUGGAGCCUGUCCCGGGAUGGGGAUGCUGCAGGGAGCACAGCACCCCACGACCCAUUGGCUGUGCUUCAUGCAGCAGUAGCUCUGUAAAACAUCCACGCCCUGAGCCCUCCUUGAUGUGGUGGUUUUGGAGGUCAUUCCUUCCACUUCCCCACUCUUCGGGGAUGGCAGCACCCAGGGCAGCUGCACCAUGGUUACACGAGUUCCUCUAAGAGCAUCUUCCUCCUCCUCCUGUGUCUACUGUGGGUUCCCCGAGAGUGCUACAGUGAGGAAGAGGAGGCUGAUGAUGAAGGCACUUCGACACAAGCCUCCUUGUUUGCAUGACCUUGCAUGGCUUCGGGUAGAAUCUUCCCCUGCUCUUCAGCCCCUUUUGAACCACCACUUUGCCCCCAAGUGUGUUUUUUCCUCUUUCUUCUCUCUCAGUCUCAUGGACACCCACAGCAAAGGUCCCGUAGCCCCUCCAUGGUUGAACCAUGGAGUUUUUUGCAGCAAAAUCCGUGAGAUUGAUCUUCCCUGAAGCACACGGUUUUGCAAAGCACAGCAGCUCAUGUCAGCAGUUCCAGAUUCCAGCAGACUCCUGGAGUUCUCCUCUCCCCAUGGUGCCUCCUCUACAGCCCUUCCCCAGCCCUGAGGAACUCAAGCAGAGACAGCUUUGAGAUGUUCCCCUGAAAAAAACAACCCCUUUCCUCUUUUUGGCAGGUGUGGGGUUUUUUGCAGCUCCAGGGCAUGUUACCUACUUCUUCUCCAGCAUCUUUCUUCUUCCACUGCUUAGUUUGGGAAUAGGGCUUUGGGAUUCCUGGGAUGAAACCUGCUGUCUGACAGAUGGCUUCCUAAGAUGCCAGCAUGCAUUAUUUCAUCCUCAUUAGGCUUCCAGCUGAUGGCCUCAUUAGAAAGAGAAGUGUUUUGGUGGCCGGCAACUUCCUUCCUGGGAUGCUUUUUGUGGUGGUAGAGCUGUUGGUGCUUCUGGAGGUCAUUCCUUGCGUUUCCCCACUCUUCGGGGACCAGGGCAGCUGCACUAUGGGUGCUUCUAAGAGUGUUUACCCCGCGUAUUGUUGACCAUCCAUGUGGUGUUCUCU